AUGGCUUCAGCUUGGCGUUGUGGCCUGUGGUGCCUGGCUCAUCUGAUGUGCUCGCCAGCUGGCGUCAAUACAGGCAGCGCGCCGCCAGGAGUCCCAAAGUACACACCGUUCCUGUGGCGAGACACCGAGAGCGGCCAGGAGCUCCUGACAUUCGUGCACCCUGGCGGCUACGGGGGCAUCAGCCGGCCCUACCCCGGGUCACCCGAGGUCUUCCUGGACCCCCCAGACCAGUGCAUCAGGGCUCAGGGACUAAACCACGUGCUGUGCACCUCCUGGCGCAACGACAACACAGGGCCCCCCACCUCCGUGUUUGAGGUCUUCACGGUCUUCCAGAUGCUGCGCAACAGCUUCCCCGGCCACAAAGUGGUGGCGUCGACGUUCGAGGCCUUCUCUGACGCGGUGUGGGCGGUGGCCGAGGGCGGCAGCGUGUGGCUGCCCGUGGUGACAGGGGAGAUCGGCGACACCUGGAUAUUCGGCGUCCAGAGCGACCCAAAGAAGACGGCGCGCUUCAGGGCCGCCGCUCGCGCGGCGGCGGCCUGCGCGGCCGACGCGCAGUGCACCUCGGAGGGUCCUGCCUGGUCAAACUUCACGCGCCUGCUGCUAAAGGUCCCUGAGCACACAUGGGGCGCCGAUGUCAAGUACACACUCCAUGACACCCAGAACUACACUGGCCCCGGCUUCCUCGCCUGCGCCACCGCCACGCCCCGCUGCCCCAAUUACGAGGCCCUGAUCUCCACCUGGCGCCGCCAAGCCGCAUACACAGACCACGCCCUCUCCGCCCUGCCUCGCGGCCACCCGGUGGCCGCGGCCGUGGCGGCCGACGACGCCGCGCGCGCCGCCGCGGCCGCGGGCGCGGGGGAGGGGGUGGUGGUCGGCAGGGGCGCGCGGCGCGUCGCGCUGGCGGCGGGGGCCCGUCACCGUUUUGUGUGCGGCGGGUGGGAUCUGGAGGUGGACGUGGAUGCAGGCGGCCUGAGCAGCCUGUCUCACCGCCGCGACAGCGCGAGCGCCGGCCCCCACGGGCGGCAUCGCCCGGCGCCCGUCGACUGGGCGGCCGGCAGCGGCGGCGGCUUCGCCCAGCCGCUGUACUCGGUUUACAGCGAGGCGUCGUAUGACGUGAUCUGGUCAGAGUACGCCUACCAGUCAAACACCAACCUGUCGGGCAGCUGGGACGAGGAGGUCACUGUGACGGGCAAGCUAGAUGGUCUCUGGUACCUGAAUGCCAGCACCGCCGGCGGCGGAAGCAGCGGAGGCAGCAGCAGCAGCAGCAGCAGCAGCAGCAGCAGCAGCAGCAGCAGCAGCAGCAGCAGCAGCAGCAGCAGCAGCAGCAGCGGGGCCCUCGACCUGUGGCUGCGCUACAAGUGGCCCGCGCGCCUGGUUGAGCAGGUGGGGGCGCCGCGGGAGACGUGGCACCACUUUCAAUGCGGCGGCGGCGGCGGCGGCAGCGACAGCAACCGCGACAGCAUCAACACGAGCGGCAAAGGCGCCAGCAGCAGCAGCAGCAGCAGCAGCAGCAGCAGCAGCGCUGGCAGGGCCGACGAGCGCCGACGGGAGCUGCUCAUUGCACCAGAGGAGGUGGGCGUGCGUGCGCGCAUGCGCCCAGCCGCCGCCCGCGACCGCGGCCGGCAGGAGGGCGAAACGGGGGGCGCGAGGCAGGGUGGGGCGGCGCACGCAGGGCAGCGGGUGGGUGAAGGAGCGGGAGUGGGAGAGGCGGCGGCGGUCGAAGCAGCGGACCCAAUUCAACUGACGGUGAUCUGGCGCGGCAAGCCGCCGACGCGCGUGCCGGAGGCGCUCUGGCUUCGGUUCAGGCCGGGGCCGGCCGCGGACGCGGGCAGCUGGCGGAUGGCCAAGCUGGGGGGCAGCGUGUCGCCUCUUGAGGUGGGGUGCAUCAGGGUUUGGGGCUUCGACGAAGUCUCUCCAGAAAACAAACAGUGA